AUGCCCACACAGACCCGAAAAGCCUUGGUAGUCAGAGAUCACGCAGGGAAGCUCUCUCUGGUUCAGGAGCAGCUUCCCAUGCCUCAACCCGGUCCAAACCAAGCACUUGUCAAGGUCUUUACCGCAGCACAAAACCCAACGGAUGUGCUGUGUUUCGAUAACAAGAUUUUCGGCAACGGCGCUGUUUUAGGCUGUGACUUUACCGGAAAGGUCGAAGCCCUUGGAAGUAAUGUCACGCGCUUGAAGGUUGGAGACACCAUCGCCGGCCUUAUCUGGGGAGGCGAGAUCGAAGGCCAAGGAGCCUACAGUGAAUACACACUUGCUGACGAGAAGAUCUGCUUCAAAGUCCCUGACAACAUCCCUCUCGAGCAGGCCGUCACUGUCCCGUUGGCAGCUACGACAGCUUGGUUGGCCUUAUUUCGGUCCCAGAGCCUUGCCAUUGACCGAACUGCAGGGUCAGAUGUGCAAUUGCUCAUUUGGGCAGGAAGCACUAGUGUUGGGCUCUACGCUGUUCAGAUUGCGGCCCUGUUCGGUUUUCAAGUUGCGACAGUGUGCAGUCCACGACAUUUCCCACUUCUUCACUCUCAUGGAGCCAAAUACAUCUUCGAUUACAAAGAUCCUGACGUAAUUCAGAAGAUCCGAAAGGCUCUUCCUGAUAUCAAGUACAUCUUUGACACCAUCGGGACUGAAAGCUCGUCCGGAAGGGCAUCUCGAGCCAUGAGUGAUUCAGGGGGUGUUUUAUGCACCGUCCGUCCGGGAAAGGAGUUCACUGGAAAGGUCACAGCGCGGACAAAGGUGACGUCGGUUCUUGUGUUUACCUCGUUUCUCAAGGACCACCAGAUGGGCGCAACUCUUUUCCCGGCUUCUGAGGAGGAUCACCAGCUUGCUUCUGAAUUUUAUGAAGAGCUCCCUUGCCUACUGUCUGAGAACAAAAUCCGUCCGAAUACUCCAUGGGUUAUCAAUGGGCUCGAUGGGAUCACAGAGGGCUUUCAGGCUUACAGGGAUGGUAAAAUCUCUGGAUACAAAGUCGUAUAUGAUCUUGAGGGAUAA